GGCGGGUGCCGGUAACCCGCGCUAGCUGCCUUGGCUCCCCCGCACCGUAGAUGUCAAAGGCUGAAGCUGCUCCCUUUGCCACAUUAUAACUAGUAGGGGAUCCUCAUCGACCAUGGCCACAGCUGCCUCGAAUCCCUACAGCAUUCUCAGUUCCAGCUCCCUGGUCCAUGCGGACUCUGCGGGCAUGCAGCAGGGGAGUCCUUUCCGCAACCCUCAGAAACUUCUCCAAAGUGAUUACUUGCAGGGAGUUCCCAGCAAUGGGCAUCCCCUCGGGCAUCACUGGGUGACCAGUCUGAGCGACGGGGGCCCGUGGUCCUCUACACUGGCCACUAGCCCCCUGGACCAGCAGGACGUGAAGCCUGGGCGUGAAGACCUGCAACUGGGUGCGAUCAUCCAUCACCGCUCUCCACACGUAGCCCAUCACUCGCCGCACACUAACCAUCCGAACGCCUGGGGGGCGAGCCCGGCUCCAAACCCGUCCAUCACGUCAAGCGGUCAACCCCUCAACGUGUACUCGCAACCGGGUUUCACGGUGAGCGGCAUGUUGGAGCACGGGGCGCUCACCCCACCGCCGCCCGCCGCCUCUGCACAGAGCCUGCACCCGGUCCUCCGAGAGCCUCCGGACCACGGCGAACUGGGCUCACACCACUGCCAGGACCACUCGGACGAGGAGACGCCAACCUCGGAUGAGUUGGAACAGUUCGCCAAACAAUUCAAACAAAGAAGAAUCAAGUUGGGUUUCACGCAGGCCGACGUGGGGCUGGCGCUGGGUACACUGUACGGCAACGUGUUCUCGCAGACCACCAUCUGCAGGUUCGAGGCCUUGCAGUUGAGCUUCAAGAAUAUGUGCAAGCUGAAGCCUCUGCUGAACAAGUGGCUGGAGGAGGCGGAUUCGUCCACAGGGAGUCCGACCAGCAUUGACAAGAUCGCCGCGCAGGGCCGCAAGCGCAAGAAGCGAACCUCUAUCGAGGUGAGUGUCAAGGGCGUACUGGAGACGCAUUUCCUCAAGUGUCCCAAGCCUGCCGCGCAGGAGAUCUCCUCGCUGGCAGACAGCCUCCAGUUGGAGAAAGAAGUGGUGCGUGUCUGGUUCUGUAAUCGAAGACAAAAAGAGAAAAGAAUGACUCCACCAGGGGACCAGCAGCCGCAUGAGGUUUAUUCGCACACCGUGAAAACAGACACGUCCUGCCAUGAUCUCUGACUGGAGGAAGUGAGGAGGCGGCGGCCGCACUGGGAGCAGCGCGGAUUUCUUUUUUCUUUCCCUCUAUUCCUUUCACUGUAACAUUCUUUAUUAUUGCUCUCUUUCUCUCUGAUUCAUUCUCUCUCUCUCUCUCUCUCUCUCUCUCUCUCUCUCCCUCCCUCCAUCCCUCCCUCCCUCCCUCCUUCCCUCUCCCCUCUUUCGUUGAUUCGUUCUUUCUUUCUAACGGGGGGGUUCUAACUUAUGUUGAGAAAGAAAACACACACUCACGCUCCUAUUCAGGCUACUCUAUGCGUAUACACACUUACAUUAAGCAGUCCAGGCGGGAACCUCAUAUUCCCUGCCAUGCGCACAGUCCCUUCCAACCUUUUCUGUUGAGCGGUACAUAUUGUUUACUCUGAGUAAGAUUUGUUUGGGUCACUCCUCUCUAGGAAGAGCAAGGAGUGGGAUAAUGUGGGGGCGGGGAGGGGAGGGGGAGAGGGGUGGGAAGACAGAUGUGUGCCUCUGAAUAACCUUCCAGCGCCUUGGUUAUAGCAGCUGUAUUUCAGGUGAAAUCUGUUUUACAAUAGACUAGUUUUGCAUUUUUUAAAACUUCUAUAGCGUUUCUAAAUGUCUGCGGUGUUUUACUACAAGCUGUACACAAUAUUUGUGAGAUAAUUUGUAUCUAAUCGACCACUCCACAUUAUUAUUGCUAUUAUUAUUAUUCCUUCAUUGAGCUGAUGGUUUUUUAAUUGCUUAGAAAAGGGAGGGGAGGCUGGGAGGAGGAGGAGGAGGGAAGAUGCCUACCCACCCACCUACUCCCAUCCCAAAUCUGUAUGGAGAAGGGAGGAUACAAUGGAGAGGGUUGCCGAUGAUGAUAUUGGUUAUAUAUAUAUAUAUUUUUUUCCGGGGGUUGGAGUGUCUGUUUUGGGCACAAUAGGCAACCCGAUUGGGUUUGCAAACUAGCGCGAAGUAGAAGAGGCGAUAUCGCAGCUUUUGGCCCUCCCUCCCAGAACUGUGGAACCCCUGCAGGCUUCCACAGCUUAGAUCCAGGUGCCUGCGAAGGAUUCGGCGGUGGCGCCGGUCUAAAAAGAGGUGGCCUGAGCGACUGGGGGGUUCCGAAUCCACUGCAGUCCGGGAUGCCUGCGAGCGAAGUUCCCCACAGGCCCGCAGUCUCUCCAGGGCGACAGCCCGCGCAACCCCACCUCGGCUCUCCUAGACGAAAGACUGCCUUCUCAAGCGAUUGCUUUCGCUGGAGACCACGACCCAGGGACGCUGGCGACAUACUGGGCCAGCGCCUCCCAGUUUGGUCCACCUCCACUUCUUCGCCCGUCCUGGAAGGAAGAAAUCCUCCGGGAGGGGUGGUGGGGUGAAAGGGGGGACAAGGCGCUCUCUGCUCAGUGCAGAACGACAAUGAAACGAUUGGCAAAGGUCACAGGGAUUCUGGUCCAGCCGCUGUCUGUGUGUUGGGAGCCUUCUCGGCUUCUCUGACAAGCACAGCUGGUGGAAGCCCACGGCGAGCGAGCGAGCUAGCGAGCGCCUGGGGGCGGCUGGGCUCCUGCUUUUUUAUCUCUCUGUGUGUAUGUGUCUCUGUGCGUGGGUGCGUGCGUGCGAGUGCAAACGUGUGUGUGUAGAUAGAUGUGCGUAUUGUAUUACUAUAUACAAAAAACAAAACUACAAAAAAAUCUCGCUAGGCUAUGUAGAGAUCCCAAAAAUAUGCAGUUGCUGUGGCUUUAUUGCUAGCCCUCAUGUCCACAUGCCAAGUCACAGGUGCACUUCAUUCCCAGCGAGCACCCAUGUGUGGGGCCGGUCAACCACCCAACACCCAGCCGCCGCCGGCGGGACCUGGCUGGGGACUCCACACGCCUGGGCUGGUCACCCUGCCUGACUUCCAGGAGCAGCUGCGGUAGACAAAGCUUCAAACUACCUAAGGACCAGAAAACCCCGGGCCCCAUUUCGAGGAUGCGCUAGUAUGGGCUGCCAGGCCUCUGGUCCAUCACACUGUGUCUCCCCCAGCUGCAGGUCCAAGAGCAUGUGUUAAUUCAAAUCCCGGACCCUUAUACUUUUUGUUGUCAAGCCUCUGCAUUCUGUUAGUACUUAGGCUUUAGUUCUGGGAUUUUUUUUUUUUUUCCGAACUGACUUCAUGUUUUACAACUGUUUGGGGUAUUUUGUUUGUUCCAAUUUUUUUCUUUGCAGUUAAAUGCUAUGGUUCAAACCUGAGUUAACCCAAAUAUUUCUGCCGACUUUAUAAUUGUACAGUUUUGUAUAUUAAACGUUUUUGAAGUUAUUAAUUUAAAAAAGAUCAUUUAGUUUAUUCAUUUAGUAACUGAUGUAUAAUAAACGCUAUUUUCAUUAAGAGUUGCUUUUUCAACUAUUUUAUUCAAAUUGCCUAUUGCAGUUGCCAACAAUUAUUUAUUUUCAAUAAAUUCUGCGUUGUGUUUAAAAGGAAAUUCUUUCAAAGAUGAGUUGGGUGUCAAAAAGAAAACAAUUCGCUGUAAUGUUUGAUGUGAACAGUUUUAGUCAAGGGGUUUAUAUUGACGCAAUAUUUUAUUGUUGUAAAAGAUUAAAAAGGUUUAAAUAAAACAUUUUUCCAAAAAACA